UUACUUUUUUGACAUUUUACUCUGCUCGAAUUGGAGACGAUGGCAGACGACUAUGGAGCAAAUCUUUCCAGCAUUAGAGAGGCGGCCAAACGAAUCGGGCCUUUUGUGCACACAACCCCCGUCCUCACAUCGCAUUCCUUAGAUUCUCUUGCAGGAAGAAAACUCUUCUUCAAAUGUGAAUCCUUUCAGAAGGGUGGAGCUUUUAAAAUUAGAGGGGCGUGCAAUGCUGUAUUUUCACUCAGUGAUGCUCAGGCAGCUAAAGGGGUUAUUACUCACAGCAGUGGCAAUCACGCUGCAGCUCUUGCGCUGGCCGCAAAACUCCGGGGGAUUGACGCGCAUAUAGUCAUCCCAAAAAACGCCCCAAAAUGCAAAGUUGAGAAUGUGGUUCGUUAUGGUGGCAAAGUGAUAUGGAGUGAAUCCAAUAUGAAGUCCAGAGAGGAUGUUGCUAAUAAUGUGUUGCGAGAUACUGGUGCUGUCCUCAUUCAUCCGUAUAACGAUGCACGCAUUAUAAGCGGGCAAGGUACAAUAUCGUUGGAGCUUCUAGAACAAGCUCCCCAAAUUGAUACGAUAGUCAUUCCAAUUAGUGGGGGAGGUCUUAUAUCAGGGGUGGCUUUGGCUGCAAAGUCCAUCAAUCCGUCCAUACGUGUUUUGGCUGCCGAACCAAAGGGAGCCGACGAUGCUGCAAAAUCAAAGGCAGCUAAUAGGAUUAUCAUAAUGCCAGAGGUUAACACUGUUGCAGAUGGCCUCCGUGCGUGUCUUGGAGAUCUCACUUGGCCCAUUGUCCGUGAUCUCGUCGAUGACAUCAUCGUCGUUGAUGAUGAAGAGAUAAUAGAAGCCAUGAGACUCUGCUACGAGAUUCUGAAGGCCUCCGUGGAGCCGAGUGGAGCAAUCGGCCUUGCUGCCGUUCUCUCCGACGGUUUCAGAAACAACCCUUCAUGGAACAACUGCAGAAAUGUGGCCAUUGUCAUCUCUGGGGGAAAUGUGGAUCUCACUGUGCUCUGGGAUUCCCUCAAGAGUGUCUGAAUAACAAGAUUGCACUGAGGUCCUUGUACUAUUUAAAAAUUAAAAAUGUGUGCAAUGUAGUUCAUGUACUCGAAAUUGAGGCGAUUUAGUCCAUGUGGUACUAUUCAUUUUUGUUCAAUACGAUUCUUCCGUGAAAAUAAACAGAAGAAUCGGAUAAAACAAAAACGAACAAUACAAAUUACAAAGACUAAAUUGUUUCGAUUUUGAGUACAGAGACUAUUUUACUCCGACCCAUUUUAAGUUGGGAAAGUGGGGAAAUCACUUCCCAAAAUUAUAUUUCCAUUGGUUAUUUUGAAAAAAUAGUACUCCGUACACUCUUGACAAAAUGGAAGGCAUUUUUACUCUUUUCCCACUUAGAUUGAAACUCACCUUGUU